GGUAAAGAUCAUUGAGUUUCAAUAUCAAAAUGCCAUGUGUUGUAAAAAAAAACCAAAGCAAAAAUAAUGUUAGCGGAAAGAAAGUCCAAAGAGAAAUGGAGUCAAGAUCCUAGAAACACAUUCUGGAGCAGAGACAAGUCCAAGUUUGGCUGGCGAAUGCUCGAGAGAAUGGGCUGGAGUGAGGACGAUGGCCUAGGGAGGGAGGGCCACGGACGCACUGACCACAUCAGGGUACAAAAAAAGAGAGACAACUCAGGGGUGGGUACUAAGAGAGGGAGAGAUGAAGACUGGAUCCAACACCAGGACACGUUUGACCAGCUUCUGGCCGGAUUGAACCGUGGUCAUGGCGAGGAGGUGGCGACAAGUGGGCGGGGUGAGGAGACAGCAACAGGAAGCAAGUCCAUUGUGGAGAAUGCUAAAGAGUCCAAGAGGAUCAUGUACAAGCGCUUCCUGAAGAGCAAGGACCUGUCUGCUGCUAGCAGUGAGGAGAUGGACUGUGUGCUGGGCAGGAAGAGGAGGAAAGCCACAGAGCCUGAGACCAAACAGGAGGCUCCAACGAAAGUUGACACCCAAGUAGAAAAUGAGGUGACAUCACACGGUAUAACGACCAUCACAAAAUCUCAAUCAGUCUCAGACUAUUUCUCAGAGAAAAUGAGCAAACUAAAGUCAAAAAGAACUAAGCACAAAACAAACUAAUCAAUAGCUAGCUGUCGUUAUGCUUAUUUAUUGUUCAGAAAUUUUAAGUGAGAAUUACAAUCAGUACAUGUAUAAAAAUUGAA